GUAUUGUAUCUGCGGUCUCUCACAAUAACAAAAACGUUCCAAGAAAAUCCGUAACAUUGGAAUUAUCUCUGAAUUCCUCCUUUAUUCUUGUCGUACAUUCUCGAAAACUAAGAGAGGAAGGAAUAACUAGUGAAGAAGGCUCGUGAACAGAGGUUUACAGUGGAAAUUACGUAAGAAACCGUCGGCAGAAUACAAGGAGAAAAAUCACGUAAACCAACAUGGCUCGAAAUGCAGAAAAGGCAAUGACAACACUGGCCAGAUGGAGAGCAGCCCAGGAAGGAGGGGGACAACAACAGAAGUCACGGAGGCCAUAUCUUGCUUCCGAAUGCGAGGAUUUACGAGAGGCCGAAAAGUGGAGAAAUCAAGUGAUAUCAGAGGUUGCUCGGAAAGUUUCACAGAUACAGAAUGCUGGUUUGGGGGAGUUCAGAAUCAGAGACCUUAAUGAUGAGAUCAACAAACUGCUACGUGAAAAAGGUCAUUGGGAAGUCAGAAUCAAGGAACUUGGUGGGCCGGACUAUGCUCGGGUCGGUCCAAAGAUGACUGACAUGGAUGGGCAGGAAGCUCCAGGGAACAGAGGGUAUAUGUAUUUCGGAGCUGCCAAGGACCUGCCGGGGGUGAGAGAGCUGUUCGAACAGGAACCUCCAGCUCCCCCUCGCAAGACCAGAGGAGAGCUGAUGAAAGAUAUCGAUGCAGAUUACUACGGUUACAGAGAUGAUGACGACGGUGUGCUGAUACCGUUGGAGAAAAAAGCGGAGAGAAAAGCAAUAAAAACAGCUGUCAAGCAAUACACGGAAAAGAAAUUGUCAGCACUGUCAGACGAUGUGGAAGACGAGGAAAUAAAUGAGGAAGAACAUCAAGAGGAGGAAAGUGAGGAAGAAUCAGAUCACGAAGAUGAACAAAUGUCUUUAGAUGAAACAGAUGAGAGAUCAGAGGUUCAGCGAUUCAUGGCUCACGUGCCCAACAUCCCAUCACAAGCAGACAUCGAAGCAGCACUAGUCGAGAGAAAGAAACGAGAGUUACUACAGACUUUCUUGGGUGACUGAAAUCUAAGGGGGGAGUGCAUUGUUAACCAGCAUUUCAAACAUUUAGUACAACCGUUGUGCAAAAAUAAAGAACAGCAUUCAACUCAGUAAGCUGAUAUUACUGUGUAUGUCAAGAAAAAUGGUUAUGUAUUGUUUUAUUCUUAAUUAAUUUAUGGCACUGAUUGCAUUAUAUAUAUAUAACAUACUUGGGCAGUACUUAACGAGGAAGGACAGCUCAAUAAUAAAGAUGGUACUCCAUAAUUUUCUUUCAAAGGGCGUUGUUCACAUUGAGUGGAAUAGGCAUUUGCAUGUGCUAUGUGCAGAAACAUUUUAAAGGUUAAAUAGGUUAUAUAUUUCCAAGAAAAUAAAAAGACUGAAAUGUACAGAAUAUUUCUGGUAUCCCUUCAUUGAUUACAACUGAAUAAUGUAUUUGAUAUAAUCACAUACAUGGCUAUACAUAUGCUAUGAGAAUUAUCUAAUAUGUGGCAGUUUGUUUAUUUACUACAAUUAGACCUUGUGAAGAUUUAAAGAUAUUAGAAUAAGUUCAAUGUCUUGUGGUUUGUGAUAUUGAAUAUUGCAUUCUUUCAGUUUCAUGAUAUAUAAAGGCCAUAUCAAAAGCUAAAAAUAACAUCAAAUUGAUUGGUGUCCCCAACAGGUAUUUUAGUAUGUUUAUAUGUAUAUGUACAACCAAACAUUAUUUUUUAUAAUUUUAGAGGAAAAUAAUAAUAAUGAAAACUAU